AUCAUCGGUCACGUGACCGGUAUUUCUUGCUACGUGUCUGCCGUGUAACCAAAAUCGCUCUCACAAAGUACCGUAAAUCGGGACUUGGCCACUUAUUUGACGUGACAUCGUACAAAUUAGACUAUCCGAAGUGAAUCUGUGAUCCUUUUAGUUUAAUUCAUCGCCCAUCAACAUGGGAAUCAAAUUUUUAGAAGUAAUCAAACCGUUCUGCAGUAUCCUGCCCGAAAUAGCCAAGCCUGAAAGAAAGAUUCAAUUCAGGGAGAAAGUACUAUGGACUGCUAUCACACUCUUCAUCUUUCUCGUAUGUUGUCAGAUUCCACUUUUUGGCAUUAUGAGUUCAGACUCAGCUGACCCUUUCUAUUGGAUACGUGUAAUUUUAGCGUCAAAUAGAGGCACGUUGAUGGAGUUGGGUAUUUCCCCGAUCGUAACUUCCGGACUGAUUAUGCAGCUUCUAGCAGGAGCAAAAAUCAUUGAAGUGGGGGACACGCCAAAAGAUCGGGCUUUAUUCAAUGGCGCACAAAAGUUAUUUGGUAUGGUGAUCACUGUGGGCCAAGCCAUCGUGUACGUGAUGACCGGCAUGUACGGGGACCCUGCUGAGAUAGGCGCCGGUGUGUGUCUCUUGAUCAUAAUUCAGUUGUUUGUGGCUGGUCUCAUAGUCCUGCUCCUCGACGAGCUCCUCCAAAAAGGCUACGGUCUCGGUUCGGGCAUUUCUCUCUUCAUUGCGACAAACAUCUGUGAAACCAUCAUUUGGAAAGCAUUCUCGCCGGCCACUGUUAACACUGGAAGAGGAACAGAAUUCGAGGGCGCUGUAAUCGCUCUCUUCCAUUUACUAACCACUCGUCAAGAUAAAAUUCGAGCGCUUCGUGAAGCCUUCUACAGACAGAAUUUACCCAAUUUGAUGAAUCUGUUAGCUACAGUUCUCGUGUUUGCUAUAGUGAUAUACUUCCAAGGGUUCAGAGUGGAUUUGCCCAUCAAGAGUGCUAGAUAUCGUGGCCAGUAUUCCAGCUAUCCAAUCAAACUCUUCUACACGUCCAAUAUUCCUAUCAUUUUGCAAUCAGCUCUGGUUUCUAAUUUGUACGUGAUUUCGCAAAUGUUGGCGGUUAAAUUUCAAGGGAACUUCCUUAUCAACUUGUUGGGAGUUUGGGCUGAUGUUGGUGGCGGUGGCCCAGCUCGGUCUUACCCAAUUGGCGGCCUGUGUUACUACUUAUCGCCCCCAGAAAGCGUCGGCCACAUCCUUGAAGACCCCAUCCAUGCGCUCUUAUACAUCGUGUUUAUGUUAGGUUCUUGUGCCUUCUUCUCCAAGACGUGGAUUGAAGUUUCCGGAAGUUCGGCGAAAGAUGUUGCGAAACAGUUGAAGGAGCAGCAAAUGGUCAUGAGAGGGCACCGAGACAACUCGAUGAUUCACGAGUUGAAUCGGUAUAUCCCAACAGCUGCAGCUUUUGGUGGACUAUGUAUUGGAGCUUUGUCCGUUUUGGCGGAUUUCUUGGGUGCUAUUGGAUCAGGCACCGGUAUUUUGUUAGCUGUCACUAUUAUUUACCAGUACUUUGAAAUUUUCGUUAAGGAACAAAGCGAUAUGGGCGGCAUGGGGGCCCUUCUAUUUUAAAGCAAUCGAAAUAUCGUCAGCGAAAGCUUGACUGAUAUUGUGAUUUUCUUGUUAAUUGUAAACAUUAAUUGUCGGAAUUGUUCUUUACAGGUGUAGAUUUAGUUUCAAAAUGCGACAGUUAAUGUUUUGUCUUAUAAUGAUGUCACUUUGUAGAUCAAGUGAUCAAUUUUUUGUACUAAGAACUUUUUAAGAUAAUAUUACAAAUUUUUUCAUUGUAUAUUCACAUUUAGUUCCCCUGCAUUUUAUGGAUGUUGAUAUUUGUGAAUGGCGCUCCGUAAGACACGUCUGGUAUUUACAUACUUGCAUCAUUUUCAUGCAAACGGUUGUGUGUUUUGGUCAUUUUGUUAUAGAUUAUAAUUUAUUUUAAAUACAACUAAUUUCCAUAAU